AUGGCUCCACAGUUACUGUGCAAAGUUGCAGCCUGCUAUCUUAAUAUUAAGAGGUCACGCAACAUAGGUGUUGUUGCUACCUUUAUUUACCGUCUAAAUAUUUACAGAAUAACAAUUAUUUCUCAAAACUGUCGUCGCCUGAGAACAAUCCGUCAUGACUUUGUCAACACAAUCUGCAUCCAAAAAUUUUCCAAUAGGAAAGCCAACAGUACCUCAUCAGAAGAAUCAACAGUAUCAGAUUGUGAUGAAAAUUACAAGCCUUCAACAAAUCCUGGUCCUUCUAUAACAGUAUGCUGGAAGUCACAAAUAUUUGUAAUUUCCCAUAUGUUGUUGGUGCAUUUGAUCGCAUCAAUGUCACUGACAUGGGUUGCUAAAUCACUUGGACAUGAUAUAUCCGAUAUUACAUUGUCCCAUAGCUCAAUUUUGAGGAGACAGAGGAAAUAUGGACCUCAGGUACAGAAGUAG